AGAAGCACACUUUCAACGUGCACUAUUAAGGGCCCUAGAAAUCUGUUUUACGAAGUGAUAUAAAAUAUGGAUUCGGCGUCGACCAGCUCUAAACUCAUCUAUAAAAUGUCUAAUGAGGAUAUCACAAAGCUGAUACAGCUGCGAUCGAGCAACUCGGCGCUUUUUGACGGGAGGAAAAAUUCGUCUAAAACAGCCUGGAGUGCAAUACUCAGAGAAAUGGGGCUUGAGGAAAAGAUGACAACUGAGCAGAUUGCCAAAAAGUGGGAAAACCUGAAGGCAAGAUAUAAGGAUGCAAAAUAUCCUCCCACCGGUGUGGAGAAGAACCCCACCUGCUGGAAAUGGUUCAAUCUCAUGGACGAUGCUCUGGGUGAAGAGUUUGAUGAAAAGAUCAGCCAGCAAGUGAUCACAUCAGAAGCUGACAAUGAUAAUGCACCUCAUCCAAGUAAGCGGCUACGCCAGAUUAAAGUCGGAGGGGAAAUACUAGAAUUCCUGGAAGAGGAAGGAACUUUGGUGAACGUGCCCCCGGCCUCCAGUCCGCAUCUGGUUAAGCGGGGAAGACAAAAAGGCAAGCAGACGACAGAAAGUCACUCGCUGGACAUCAUGAGAACCAAACUUCGAAGAGAAAGACAGCUUCUAGAAAAGGAGCUUGGAGGCCUGGACAGAGAAAAAGCCCUUCUAGAGCGGGAAAGGGCCCUUGCCGAUCGGGAAAGAGCAGCGCUUCAGCGGGACAGAGCCCAGGUAGAGAAGGACAAAGCUGCAGUUAACAGAGACAAGGCGUCUUUGGAACAGGACAGAGCCCGACUGCAGAAAGACAGAGAAGUUUUGGCUAGGGACAGAGCGGCCCUUGAAAGAGACAGAAGGUCGGCGCAUAUCACUAAUCACGUGAAAAGCAGUUUAGGAUGCAAUGGGCUGGACUGUCCUCACGAAAAAAACAGAGAAAGAUUAAUAUUCUUACUUGAAAAGGUGAUUGAAAAAAUUUGAAGCAGGUCUGAGAUGGGGGCAAACCUCAGGGAAAAACUGCGAUGAGUUAUUGGGAUUAUCUGAACAAUCCUUGGGUUGUUGACUGAAGAUACAUUAUGUACACAGUCUAGAAUGGAUUCCACAUACAUUGAUAGGGUGCACAAGCUAAAUAUUUUUGAGAUUUUUUUAUUGAUUUGUAAAUGUUGAAAGAAACAUGGAGUGUGAUGAUGCUUUAUUUCUGAAACAAUGUAAAAUAACAGUGUCUGGAGGUAAAGUAUACCAUACGUGCCACACAAUGAAUGUCAAAAGAAGAUUCAUGGUCCACCUUGUUGUCAUUCAGAAACUGUUCAAAUGUAGCUGAAAAGUAUAAAAAGCUGUUUAAUGACAGGUCUAUUGUAGAGAC